UGCCUUGCAUGUGUAGUUUUGACAUUUGGAAUCGUAGAGGUUGGGUUCUAUCGUCAUUUUUUAAAGCCCAGCCAAAAUGGCUGCGCCCAUUGUAUGCACGUCCCGGUGGUGUCAAAGAGCCAGUUAUGGGUUACUACGGUUUUUCACUUUUCAUAAAGGAUUAGUAAAUGUUACAGUCAAAUGGCGAGCUUGUAGCAGCCGCAGCCGUUUAUACGAACAUGUAAAGGAGGGGUAUAGUUCACGACCUCAGCUAGAUAUGUCAUCGAUUUGCAGGCAUCCAGGUGAAGUCGUGCGAAAUAUCGAAAACCGCAAAGGGGAAUUGAUACAGGAAGAUGUUUAUGACAUUCCAAUAGGAGAUGAAAGUAAUGCCCGUUUAGUCGAAACAGUUGGACAGAAAUCAGAAUUUGAUUUUGAAAUAAAAGGACACUUGGACCUUGGAGAAUCUCUGGAUAUCAUCAGGCAAAGACGUCUUGCUCAUGUGUCCGGUCACAGAUCAUACUACCUUCGAGGAGCAGGAGCCCACCUGCAAUAUGCUUUAGUCCAGUUCACUCUUGAUAAAGUCAUCAAAAAGGGUUUCAUCCCCAUGACUGUUCCAGACAUGCUGAAAGGAGCAGUAUUUGAGGGCUGUGGCAUGCAGCCAAAUGCCAAAUCUUCCCAGGUUUACAGACUGGACCCUUCACGCUUUGAAGACCUUAACUUAGCUGGCACUUCAGAGGUUGGGAUUGCAGAUUGCUUAUCCCAUGUGGAAGGAAUGUUUUGCCCAGGAUUUCUACAGGUUUUAAGAUCUCCUUUUAAUGUAGGGUUUACCAGACGGAUUGGAAUGUCAGUGAACCCAGUUUUCCAAGGGAUGUUUGCUCUAAGGAGAGAACUGCUCCCUCAAGGUGUGGCAAAUCGUACCAUGGCCACUCUACAUCAGAUGCAUAGAAUGGGUAAGCCCAAACCAAAACCACCAAAAGUAAGUCCAACAUUUGGACGUCCACAGUUGAAAGGAGUGGUACUCAAAACCAUGAUACGAAAACCCAAAAAGCCAAAUUCUGCAAACAGGAAAUGUUGUCGCGUACGAUUAAGUAAUGGAAAAGAAGUUGUGUGUCUUAUUCCUGGAGAAGGCCACAACCUUCAAGAGCAUAACAUCGUCCUUGUUGAAGGAGGAAAAACACAGGACCUACCUGGUGUGAAACUGAAAAUAGUUCGUGGGAAAUAUGAUUGUGCGCAUGUUCAGAAAAAGAAAUGAAAUCUAUUUGUGCAAAGUUGAGGACUAAGGACUUGGCAGUCUGUUUCUUUAGCUCUCACUAGAAAGUACAUUGAAGACUAAUAAUUCUUUUUACUGCCUACCCUGUUAACUUUUGUAUUGCCUCUACCUUGAUAGAUCAUGGGUAUUAUUUAGUGGAAGUUGUUAACCGUGAUUGUUUGGGGAAUAAAGCGUAUGAACUACAGAAAUGCUAAGACCUUCCUAGAGCACAGAGUUGUUACAGUCUCUUCCAUGUUUUAUUUUGUGUAUUGUGAUGUCCAAUGCAAUAUUGUGACUAAAGAAUACAUUUUAUGAUGAGGCUGAAAAUAUAAUAAAUGUACUAUUUAUUCUUAUUCCAUGACUCCUCGCAUUUAACACUAUCGAAACCAGCAGGUGCACUUUUGAUUUACAAGGGAGUAUUUUGGGCAUGUAGCUUCAGUUCUUGUUAGUGUUUAAAAGGGCCACAUUUCUGUUAUGCUUUUGAGAUUGUUUGAUACCCAGUCGUAUUUUUGCCUUGCAUUAAUUAAUGAAAUGAAAGCAAAGUUGUAGCAGGAUCUCAUGUGAGGAUAUUAGUCUGUGCUUAUCAGAAAUCAAUUUUGCUUAACAUUUGAAAAGAAAAAUCUUGUAAGGGAAAUAUUUGCAGUUAUGAGGUUAGGUCAUUACAGAAAAAUGUGAUUCCAAUAUUUAUUCUUCUUAGAACAUGUAUGCUUACUUUGGUAGGCCAACUGUUGUCUCGUGCAAAUGUACAAGUGCAUCUCUGAAACAGUUCUAAAAGUUUCUAGCAGAAUUUAAGAAAAUGUGUUUGACCUUCAGCUGUAGACUGCUUUCAGGUUGUGACUUGGUAUGAAGACAUACAUACCUUGUCCAGGAAAUCUAACCUGAAGGACGCCAAUCCACUGGGGGUAAAGCUUCUUGAUUUUUGCAAGUUGCUAAGAGCAUUUACCAUUGUUCUAAUUAGAUGGAAAGCCCUACCAUUUCCAUAAAAUGUGAAUUGUUUCUCCCCUUUCAGAAAAUAUUAAAUGUGUAUUUUUGUGACAAGUACAGCAGGUGUGAACAGCUGGCUGGUUUGUCUGGGAGUCGGGACUUUGUAGGGGAACCUCAUUUCAGGUGCCUGUAUUUGGGGAUGCUGGCAUAUUUCAUGGAGAAAAAUAAAAUUUUUGUUUUCA